GUUCGCUCUCACUAGAUCGAGUGCGUUCUCUCUCUUUGUCCGAUUCGAGUUUUGAAGAGCGAUGGCGGGAAGAGGGAAGACGUUAGCCUCGGGUGCGGCGAAGAAGGGGACGUCGAGGAGUAGCAAGGCUGGCCUCCAGUUCCCGGUUGGCCGGAUUGCGCGGUUCUUGAAGGCCGGCAAGUACGCCGAGCGAGUCGGCGCCGGUGCCCCCGUCUACCUCGCCGCCGUUCUCGAGUAUCUUGCUGCUGAGGUGUUGGAGCUGGCGGGCAAUGCAGCGCGGGACAAUAAGAAGACUCGGAUCGUGCCCCGCCACAUCCAGUUGGCGGUGCGGAACGACGACGAGCUGACGAAGCUGCUGGGCUCCGUCACCAUCGCCAGCGGCGGCGUGAUGCCCAACAUCCACAAUCUGCUACUCCCCAAGAAGACCUCCAAGCACUCCGCCGCCGGCGAUGACGAGAGCUAAGCCUCGUUGCUGGAAGAUUUCUAAAAAAGGAAAAAGGGGCGGCUGCCGGCCUGCUCCGUCACGGUGACCGAUCAACGACGUGCUCUCUCUAAUUAAGUGUCUUACUCUCAGAAGAUCUCUCAGAAGAUGAUUGCUUAGGAAUCGGGUAGCGGCUUGGAGCGGGAAAUACCGUGUACAUAGCGGCGUGCCGAUGUCUGAUUUCACUUGCUUUGUACGUCCAAGGUGUUGUGUGCUCCACAAAAAUGGUCGGAUU